CAGCAGCGGCGCAGACCAUUACCACAACACGACAGGCUGCUUGGCGUUAGCUAAAAACUCAACAACACGUAUUAGUUUAGAAUUAAACUACAUUUUGUCGCUAUCAUGAAAGAUGUUACCGGGUACCUCAAGCAGCAGCAGAGUAACAGCCCCACGCCGGAGUUGGCGUCGGAAUGGCACGCGCUGGAGGAUUUGUACAACAAAAGAUUGUGGCAUCAGUUGACGCUGAGGCUGAUGGUUUUUGUCAGAGAUCCCUGCUUCAAAACAGGAGAUGGUAUCAUACAGCUAUAUGAAAAUUUCAUCAGUGACUUUGAACACAGAAUCAAUCCAUUGUCCCUGGUGGAAAUUUUACUCUUCGUUGCCAGACAGAUGUCAGAUCAAAAAGAUGCCAUCGUUUUUCUUGAAAAGACCAGGGAAAAGGUGAAAAGCAGCGAGGAAGCGGUCAUUCUCUGCAAGACCGCCAUCGGCAAUCUUAGGCUUGAGAUCAACGAUGUUCCUGCCACAAAGAAAGAAAUUGAAGAAAUUGAGGAAAUGUUGAACAACUUGCCUGGAGUGACGUCAGUCCACGGCCGGUUUUAUGACCUCUCCAGUAAAUACUAUCGCCUCGUUGGGGACCACGCCGCCUACUACAAGGAUGCCCUGCGCUACCUGGGCUGUGUGGACAUCAGAUACUUUCCAGAAACAGAGAGGCAGGAGAGGGCGUUCACGCUCGGGCUGGCUGGACUCUUAGGAGAGGGAGUUUACAACUUUGGAGAGCUGCUGAUGCAUCCUGUGCUCGAGUCCCUGAGGAACACAGACAAACAGUGGCUCAUUGAUACACUAUACGCCUUCAAUGCAGGAAAUGUGGAGAAAUUUCAGAGCCUAAAGUCUGCCUGGGGCCAACAGCCUGACCUCGCAUCACAAGAAGGGAAGCUCAUGCAGAAGAUUCAGCUGCUCUGCGUCAUGGAGAUGACAUUCACUCGUCCUGCAAAUCACAGACAGCUGACCUUCACUGAAAUUGCUCAGAGUGCCAAAAUCCCUGUUAAUGAGGUGGAGCUCCUUGUGAUGAAAGCUCUGUCUGUGGGCCUGAUCAAAGGUAACAUUGAUGAGGUGGACCAGAAGGUGCAGAUGACCUGGGUGCAGCCCAGAGUGCUGGACCUGCAGCAGAUCAAAGGGAUGAAGGAGCGUCUGGACUUCUGGUGCGGCGACGUUAAGAACAUGGCCAUGCUUGUAGAGCAGCAGGCCCACGACAUCCUCACCUAAACAGGAUUGUUCCAAAGUCCACAGAGGGAAACCUCACACAUCUGUUUUGUUUUUCUUUCUACUGGAUGUUCCUUCUUUUGUUACUGUCAUCAUAUAUUAACAGUCUGUAAAUUACACUGUAGUAUUUUACGAAAAUAAAACUUUUGGACCGUUCUCCCCACCAAUAUGUACUGGACUCAGUAAAAAAAUAAAAUCUUUACAAAAAUCA